GGCCAGGUCGGCCCGAGAAGUUGGCUGGCGACCGCCAGACCUGUUCGACGCCGCUGCCGCUGCCGUCCCUGGAGACCUUGUUCCCGCGUGUGGCCGACGCUCGUCCGAGAGGCGCCCGGCGCCUGUGCUGUGCUGUGUGUGCGCGUCCCGACCCCGGAUCUCCAGGAUGUGGCCACCCGGCGUGAGCCUCGCGCUUUGGAUACUUACCUGUGCCUGCCUGCUGGACCACGCGCGAUGCCUGGACGAGGAAGAGCCGUACUCGUCGCAGAUGCACAUCGAGAAGCAGCGCUACGACGGCUGGUACAACAACCUCGCCCACCAGGACUGGGGCGCUGUCGAGAGCCAGCUGGUGCGGAAGGCGCCGUCGUCGUACGCGGACGGCGUGUACAUGAUCGCCGAGGGGAGGCCCAGCCCGCGCUCCCUGAGCCAGGACCUGUUCAAGGGCGAGGACGGACUGCCCUCCACCAGGAACCUCACCGUCCUCUUCGUCUUCUUCGGGCAAGUGAUCUCCUCGGAAGUGUUGAUGGCCAGCGAGCCCGGCUGCCCGAUCGAGUUCCACCGGAUUCCCAUCAGCCGCUGUGACGAGAUGUACGACAGCAAGUGCACGGGACAGCGCUACAUGCCCUUCCACCGGGCCCACUACGACGUCAAGACGGGCCAGUCCCCGAACAACCCCCGGGAACAGACGAACCUGGCGACGAGCUGGAUCGACGCGUCGUACGUGUACAGCACGAGCGAGACGUGGGCCAACACGAUGCGGUCCUUCGAGAACGGCACCUUCCGCACGGCCGACACGGACUCCCGGCUCCCGCCCAAGAACAAGGAGCGCGUGCCGCUCUUCAACUCGCCGCCCGCCCGCUACCUGGGCAUCAUGAACCCGGAGCGCAUGUUCAUCCUGGGCGACCCCCGGACGAACCAGAACCCGGGCCUGCUAGCGUUCGGCAUCCUGUUCUUCAGGUACCACAACGUCCACGCCCUGCGCAUCAAGAACACACACCCGGACUGGACGGACGAGGACAUCUUUCUGCACGCCAGGAGAUACGUCAUCGCGGCCAUGCAGAACGUAAUCGUCUACGAAUACGUGCCAACGUUGCUCGGAGAGAACGUCACAGAAUACACAGGCUACAAGCCAGACGUGCAUCCGGGCAUCAGCCACGAGUUCCAGGCCGCUGCCUUCAGGUUUCCGCACACCUCCAUCCCCCCGGGCAUCUACAGGAGGGACCGGAGUUGCAACUUCCUGGACACCAAAAACGGGUUCAAGGCCCUGCGUCUCUGCUCCACCUGGUGGCUCUCGGAGGAGGUGCUCCCGGCUUCCGGCGUGGACGAAUUCCUGCUGGGCAUGGCCUCGCAGAUCGCCGAGAAGGAAGACCAGAUCCUCUGCUCCGACGUCCGAGACAAGCUGUUCGGCCCCAUGGAGUUCACUCGGAGGGACCUGGCGGCGCUGGACAUUAUGCGCGGCCGCGACAACGGCCUUCCGGACUACAACACGGUGCGCCGCCACUUCGGACUCCCCGCCAUCACCACCUGGACGCAGAUCAACGAGAAGCUGGCACGCAGCAACCCGGAGAUCUUCGAGAAGCUUCGGAAGCUGUACCACGACAACCUGGACAACGUGGACCUGUUCGUGGGCGGCAUGCUGGAGUCGGACGAGGGGCGCCCGGGCCCGCUCUUCCGCAAGAUCAUCCGGGAGCAGUUCGAGCGCCUCAGGGACGCCGACCGCUUCUGGUUCGAGAACGUGCACAACGGAAUGUUCACGCAGAAAGAAAUCGAGGAAAUCCGGAAGAUCACCAUGUAUGACAUCAUCGUGCAAGCCACCGAUAUCCAGCCGGACGAAAUUCAGAAGAGUGUCUUCUUCCACCUCAAAGGGGACCCCUGCCCGCAGCCGCAGCAGAUCAACAGCUCGGUGCUGGAGCCGUGCAUGAUCCUCGACGGCUGGGACUACUUCAGGGGAAACGAGGUCGCCUACAUCUACUCCUGCCUCGUGCUCGCCUUCAUUCCCAUCAUUUGCGCCGGACUCGGAUACGGAGUCAUAAAGCUCCAAAACCGGCGAAGGAGAAAUAUCAAGGCCAAAAAGGAAAUCAACAUUGGGAAGAACUAUGACAAGCUGUACGUGAAGGAAUGGCUGCACCAAAACCACAAGCGCUUCGUGAAAGUGAAGAUCGGUCCGGACGAGUCGCUGUCGACGGUGAAUCGCAAAGGGGAGGUGCUGCGCAAGGUGGACUUCAAGUCCGUCGCCGCGCUCGUGGUCGAGAUCUCCACGGACAUGGCCAAGAAGCCCAUGUGCCUGGUCCGCUCGCCCAGGGACCACGACCUGGUCCUGCAGUUCGACAGCGUCCACUCGCGCAAGAAGUUCCUGACGAAGCUGGAGAGCUUCCUGGUCAACCGGAAGAAGACCCUGGAGAGCAUCGACACCACGCGGGACACCAUGCUGGCCAACGCCGAGACCAAGGAGAAGCGACAGAAGCGACUCGAACACUUCUUCAGGGAGGCCUACGCCCUGACAUUCGGAUUGAAGCCCGGCGAGAAGCGGAAAUUGGAAGAUGUGGGCAACGAUGUGAUCAUGGUCAUGCGGACGUCCCUGUCGAAGCAGGAGUUUGCAGAGGCCCUGGGCAUGAAGCCGGACUCCCUGUUCGUCAAGCAGAUGUUCAACUGCGUCGACAAGGACAAGGACGAACGAAUCAGCUUCCAAGAGUUCCUCGACACCGUCGUUCUCUUCACCAGAGGCAAGAGCGAGGACAAGUUCCGUAUCAUCUUCGACAUGUGCGACAAGAACGGGAACGGCAUGAUCCAGAAGCAGGAGCUGACCAAGAUGCUCCGGUCGCUGGUGGACAUCGCCAAGACCAACUCGCUGAGCGAGUACGAGACCACGGACAUCAUCAGCGGCAUGUACGCCUCGGCAGGCCUCGACAACACCGAGGAGCUCAACUACGAGGACUUCAAGAAGAUGAUGAAGGAGCACCGGGGAGACUUCAUCGCCAUCGGCCUCGACUGCAAGGGGGCCAAUCAGAACUUCUUGGACACAUCCUCAAACGUGGCUAGGAUGACGAGCUUCCAGAUCAACCAGCCGGCCGAAGACCCACCCUCCUGGACCAUCCAGAAGUGGAACCAGGUGACCACGUUCCUCGAGGAAAACCGUCAGCACGUCUUCUACCUCUUCGUCUUCUACGUCGUCACCAUCGUCUUAUUCAUCGAGAGGUUCAUCUUCUACUCGUACAUGGCGGAGCACAUGGACCUGCGGCACGUGAUGGGCAUCGGCAUCGCCAUCACGCGGGGCUCGGCCGCCUCGCUGUCGUUCUGCUACUCCCUGCUGCUGCUCACCAUGUGUCGGAACCUGAUCACCAAGAUCCGAGAGCUCCCGCUCCAGCAGUACAUCCCGCUCGACUCGCACGUCCAGUUCCACAAGAUCGUCGCCCUCACCGCGCUCUUCUUCAGCCUGGUACAUACCGUCGGGCAUUACAUCAACUUCUACCACGUUUCUACUCAGCCAGCGGAACACUUGAGGUGUAUGACGAAGGAAAUGCAUUUUGAUUCGGAGUUUAAAUCGACUAUCACUUUUUGGGUGUUUCAGACAGUCACAGGUAUCACGGGAGUGUGCUUGUUUGUCGUCAUGUGCAUCAUAUUCAUCUUCGCCCACCCCAAGAUACGCCAGAAGGCGUACAGUUAUUUCUGGAUGACGCACAGUCUCUACAUUCUACUCUAUAUUUUGUGCUUACUCCACGGACAAGCCAAGCUCACUGGGACGCCUCGAUUCUGGAUGUUCUUUGUAGGCCCAGCUAUUAUAUUCACACUGGACAAAGUUGUCAGCCUCCAGACGAAAUACAUGGAACUGGAUAUUCUGGACACCGAACUCCUACCAUCUGACGUGACGCGCGUGAAGUUCACGCGGCCGCCCAACUUCAAGUACCUGUCGGGCCAGUGGGUGCGGCUGGGCUGCACGGGCUUCCGGGCGAGCGAGUACCACUCGCUCACGCUCACGUCGGCGCCGCACGAGAACUACCUGUCCGUGCACGUCAAGGCCCAGGGGCCCUGGACCUGGAAGUUGCGCAACUAUUUCGACCCCAACAACUUGCACGAAGGCAUGCUCCCCAAGGUUCGGCUGGAAGGUCCGUUCGGAGGGGGCAACCAAGACUGGUACAAGUUCGAGAUCGCCGUGAUGGUUGGUGGAGGCAUCGGCGUCACGCCGUACGCCUCCAUUCUCAACGACCUCGUGUUCGGCACCUCGACCAACAGAUACUCGGGGGUCGCCUGCAAAAAGGUGUACUUCAUGUGGAUCUGUCCGUCGCACCGGCACUUCGAGUGGUUCAUCGACGUGCUCAGGGACGUGGAGCGAAAAGACGUCACCAAUGUGCUGGAGAUCCACAUCUUCAUCACGCAGUUCUUUCACAAGUUCGACUUGAGAACCACGAUGCUGUACAUUUGCGAGAACCACUUCCAGAGGAUCUCCAACAGGAGCAUGUUCACGGGGCUGAAGGCCAUUAAUCACUUCGGCCGACCAGACAUGACGGCGUUCCUCAAGUUUGUGCAGCAGCACCACUCCUACGUGAGCAAGGUGGGCGUGUUCAGCUGCGGACCGUCGGCGCUCACCAAGAGCGUGAGCUCGGCCUGCGAGACGGUGAACAACAACCGGAAGCUGCCCUACUUCAUCCACCACUACGAGAACUUCUGAGCUGUGAUGGGGGCCGCUGGGCCAACCCCGACUGUGAUGUUGUCGUGUGCAGACACUUGCCGAGCGUCGUCUCCCGCCCGGGGCGGCCGGCCGCGGGCCUCCGUCGGGGCUCCGGGACCCGAGCUCUGGCGACGCGGGACGGCCGAGUGCUCACUUGUCAGAGGACGCGUCGGCCCGCAACCCAGGCUCGCCGCUGGGCGCCGCCGGUGGCGCUCUGCGGCGCUCGCGGUCGCUGGGGAGCCUAGAUUGUAGAGGACUCUCAAACCAUGGGGCGUUUGCAACGUAAUGGCGGACGCCUCCCGUGCCGAUGGGUCGCAGGUGCGCAUGUGCGGCGUUGGCGGGUGGCGAGGAGCAAGGCUGAAACGUGUGCACGCGUGCAGACGCUUUCCUCAACCCCCUCGUGGCUCGUGUUGCAAACGCGGGCAACAAACCACGUGGCCUCGAUCGCGCGGUACGAAGCUCUCUGAAAUAUAGGCUCUUUAGUGCUCAGCGAACGACGCCUGGUCGGGCGCGCUGCUGAAGAUUUUUUUUAUUCUUAUUUUUAUUAUUUUUACGUAACCGUUCGAGGCCUUCAACCGCUGUUUUCCCUUUAGAUUCCUACAGUUUCUCGGUGCUGUCAGGUUCUGAGUCGUUCUUUUUUCUUUUUUAAUGAGAAGAGAAUCUGCGGUCGUGCAGUCCUUUUCUUUUUUUUUAGUCCAACGUGUGUUGCGUAUGCAGUGUAAAAAUAAAAUGAUGAAUGAGUGUGUGUUUAUGUAAUGGCGUGCUGCGGUUACGUAAUAAAAAUUUAGCGUGA